AUUUUUAUUACUUUUAUCCUGUCUCAGGACUGGGACUUCCCUUACUUUGACGGAGGGAUGGACAUAAAACUCCCGGGUCUGAAUACAGGGAACUUUCAUUUCCAUAUUCCCGGGGGAGAUAUCCGCAUCUCCGGGAAAUGGUUCAACUACGGGAUCAUCUUCAUUGUUAUGAUUCUUGACCUGAACAUGUGGAAAAAUCAGAUCUUCUACGAACCUUUUACCUACGGUCAAUACACCGACGAUCAAGAUUACAUUUACACGGUCGCUGAUAGAGAUUUCCUGGCCAAUGCUACCGAGGAAACGUUAAGUUACGCAUGGCGAUGGUCGCACGUGAAUCCUCUGACCAAUGAAACUUACGGCUUAGAAGAUCAAAAAAUGAACUCUCGAUAUUUUGGAGUUCCUCUGAGUGUUAAAGGCACAGCGUUUAUUCCAUCCCUCUUUUCGUUCGCCUUGUUUGGCAUAUUGGUGAAGUACUUUUCCAAAGGUGGGCCUCCGGUGAAAGUGGCACCUUCUGAGGUAAACGAUACCGUCGAUGGCGCUUCUAACGAGCGCCAUGCUAACGGUAGAGAGGAAGAUGACUUGGAACCAAGCUCUUCUUCACCCAACGCAACGGCGAGUCGCCAGUCAAUUACCAGUACCAAAAGUGCCCUUAUUGUCAACAAAGUCAGGAAUCUGGGAUCAUUUUUGAGCAUUGACAGCUCACGUGAUGGUCUUGACGCAUCACGUAAUAACUUGGAUAGUUCACGGGAUAGCUUGGACAGCUCACGUGAUGAGCUCCGUAGUUCACGUGAUAAUCUCGAGAGUUCACGUGAUGACGUCAGGAGCUCUGUUGGAAGUCUCGGAAUUGCUCCUGAGACCAUGACGCAACCAAAUUCCUCCCGCCCCGCCUGGUCAGCUGCUUCACCGAUGAUAACGCUUCCAGAUACGUCGCAGAAUAGACGCGAUGAGUGCGUUGACACUGAAAAGUCUAUCAAACACCUUCGGUGCUCAAAUGACGACCAGCAUAACGAAAACAUGGUACAAGAGUUGGUUCAAGAGUUGUCUUUCUUAAACCUCGAGGAUGAGGAUCGUCAAACAGAAGAAAAGAAAGAAUCAGAUGGAAAUUCCCUUCCCGUGAGUGAUGACAAGUCUGAAGUUCUUCCGAUUGGAGAUCUUUUUCGACGUGACCCACCAAGCUCGUCCAGAUCCUUGUCUCAGAGCUCCGUUGCGUCGUCCGAUGACGAAGGUUUAAAACCAGAAGUCAAAGCAAAGAAAAACUUCCUUCAAGUCCCGCGGCCAAAGUAGAUGAUCUGCUUGUGCAUAAUAACUUUGCUUGUACAUAGAAUACUUGGACCGAAGGAUUCGUUCUAAGACUUGCUCGGUUUUAUUGGCAAACGUGCACCCAGACGAAUAUUGACGGGAUAAAUUGAGCAGCUUAGAAAAGGCAUCGCUCCCAGAGCUGUUGAUCCUCUCACCCGACACAGCCUAAGUGCUAUCGAAGACUGAUUACAAUCAUAUUUACUCAAUAUAAUUAGUUUGCGCGCCAUAACCAAUGUGGAAAGAAACUUGAAUCAAUUUCGUGAGUCUGUUUUAAACCUUAACAAGAUUAUUUAGCAGGCAGCAACUUUUAAUGCUCUCGGGUGAUGUAAAACGCUUUAUCACGUUUUCGUUCCUGUCGUUCUCAAGAGAAGAUGAAGAGUAAGUGAGUUUAUCCUUCAUUUAGGCCUUAUUCCUAAAGUAAUCUCAAGUUAUUUUUAGGUCACUCGCUUCAGAAAUUCCAAAGGUGGGGGGAUGUGGGUCUAGAAAUAGCCAAUCAUGUGACGCGAAUGCUAUUCACGUGGAUUACCCGAAGAGAAUAGGUCAUUUCCGAGUUACCUUGUGCCUCUGUUUCAAAACGAGUCUUCGUGCGAAA